CUGCCGAGUAAGUGAGUGGGGCCUGACGCCUUUCGAGGGACCGCAGCCCGGGUCAGCCACAGGGAGAAGAGCCGCGAGCGGCUGCUGCGGCGGGGGGAGGCCACUAAUCGUCAACAAUGUCUUUCAUUUUUGAAUGGAUUUACAAUGGCUUCAGCAGCGUGCUGCAGUUUUUAGGAUUGUACAAGAAAUCUGGAAAACUAGUGUUUUUGGGCUUGGACAACGCUGGUAAAACCACUCUUCUGCACAUGCUCAAAGAUGACAGAUUGGGUCAACAUGUCCCUACGCAACAUCCAACAUCAGAAGAGCUGACUAUUGCCGGAAUGACUUUCACAACUUUUGAUCUUGGUGGACACGAGCAAGGUAAGAAUGGGCUUCUUUCAGAACUGGGGGACAGAAAAGAAUAUUAAGUGUUGCAGUUCAUG